AUGAGUUCAACAGGUAUGACACAUUUAACCAUUUUAUUGAAGAAUCUAUCUUUUUAUAAUGCUCUUCAUGCACUGUGUAUUUUAGUGGAAGUGUUAGAGAACAAAGAGGAAAAUGUUAAGUUGAUUCAAACUUUAUCUGACACCGACGGCACCUUAGAGGGCCCGAUCGAUUUAGACAUUAAUAAUAUGAAAGUCAUGGAAUUGGAUCCUUUGGAAUGGACCGAUAUCAGUACACCACCGAGGAAACUGAAAAUUACUAACACAGGUUACACAGUAAUUCUCAGCGCUAAAUGGCAGCAGGACAUUCGUCCUUAUAUCUCUGGCGGACCUUUCACCGUAAAUUACGUAUUCUCACAAGUUCACUUUCAUUGGGGAGAGAAUGAAAUGACAGGCAGCGAACAUACCAUCGAUGGUGGGAACAUGCCUAUGGAGGUCCACGUUGUCCUCUUCAGAGACGAAUACGAAUCUCUGGAGUUAGCGCUCCGACGACCCAACGGCGUUUCCGUUAUAGUAUAUUUUUGUAAGGUGUCGAAUCAGAAUACUUAA